CGGAAUCGAAGUAGGUCUAGCGCGCGGUUUUACCUACCGAACAAAACCUUACUGGCAAAGUACAGCAACGGUUGACCGUUAUGGUGUGUUUGCGUGAUUGCAAGAAGAACCUCCCUGUUCCUUUUAACUGAUUUUAUCGCUUCGAGGUGUCAUUUUCGUCAUCGCAUUGCAUGCUGUGGGGAGUAUAUAGUGCGACAAAUAGAAGAAAAAACAAACAAAGCAUAGAAUUUCUUAAAGUGUGCAUUGUGAAAUCGACUCGUAGUGACGUCAGACGUUGCUGGUCGAUAAAAGAUUGUCUGUUUUGUGUUCUUCUGCUGUCCGACUUCCUUUUUCCGUGAAUCUCGUGUAAGUGCUAUCAAGUUAAUCCGAAUUUCGAGCAAAGUGGAGUGGCUUACAACGGGAAGGAUUACACAAGAUGUAACGAUCUCCUGUUCCUGGUGAAAGUGCGUCCGGUGUAAAAGAUGCUACAAGAAUGUCAAGAAUUUGACGCGCUGGCAACGGGAUCAGCUGGUUUGGUUGGCGUGUAAAGUGCUGACAAUUUAGACCUGCGUCGAGUGUGUAUGUGUGUGGCUUUGUGAAUUUUGGGUGGUACGCUUUUAUCUUCGCCCAGAGCUCGUUUCGUUAGGAGGCUUCAGAAUGCCACAGGGAAACUUCGAAAUAGGAUUCUGAUUUACAACUCCCAAGGAAACAUUCUCGGCAAUCGCGCGGUGACCCGCUGUUAACGAGUGGGCCAAGGGACAACAAGCGAAAGAACCUUCACUAAAAGCAGUAAAACAACGCAAACCGAUAAGAUAGCGUUUAAGAGGACGUUUCGGUGCACGGAACGAAGGUGUGUACUCGCCCCGGCAAUACAAGCGCACGCUCCAAAGCUUCAUCGAUCGUUUCAACCAUCAGUCAACAGCGGCAUUCGAGUGGGAAAAUCGAUAGCACACGAUAUCCCCCUAGACGGUGGGUUUUCUUGUUUGGGACACCAUACAAUGGCGUCUUCUAUUACUGCUGACACUACAAUGGAAGUUGAUAGCUACCACUACCGCUAGGCGGAAGACGCGCCUGAUAGCGCCCUGUUGCAUCAACCACAGCAAACGGCAACGUACCGACGUACCGGGGGACGGCGCAAUGCUGCAACGUUCGUGCACCGCUCACCGAAGCCAUCGUUUGCAAAUGUCUGUCAGCGUUUUAUCGCACCGGUAUCAGCAACAGCAUCAGCGCCGUGAAAGCCUUAGUUAAUAUCGCAUCACCACAGACGGUCCCACCCCUGCCAACGACCGACGCCGGGCAGCCAAGAAGACAUCGCUGGCGCAUGGGGGUUUGCUUUUAAAAAGACGGUACACGCCUCGCCCACAGUCUGCAUUCGCUUGCAUCAUACGAACCACCGACAAGGACACGGAAGGAUGUUGAAGGAACGGGACGACCAAGAUCAGGAGAUAUGCAAAGCACCGUCACCAUCGUCGACGGAAGACAGAAAACUGCAGGAUUCGGAUGCGGAUCCCGUUGGUUCCCAGCGCGUGUACAAGAAAACUUCCUCCAACCAACUGCUAACGCUGUACCUCGGCAGCCGGGAGCUGGUGGCACGAAAGGGCGUGAUCGAACCACUCAAGGGCGUGCUUUACAUCGAUUCGAAAAUCAUCAACGAGGCUAAAAUUUACGGACAGCUAACACUGACGUUCCGGUACGGGCGCGAGGAUGAGGAAGUUAUGGGACUAAAGUUCUGCAAUGAAGCCGUUAUUGCCCUGCAGCAAUUUUGGCCAAGACCUGUCAGUGCCGAGGCGGAUUCGUUGACACCCCUCCAGGAAGCGCUGCUUGAGCGGCUGGGCAAAAAUGCGGUGCCCUUCGCGCUGGAAAUUGGAACGCUGGCCCCACCAAGCGUGCAGCUUUUACCGGCCAAACGGUACACCGGAGCACCCAUCGGUACCAGCUAUGACGUUCGCGUCUACACAGCCGAAACAUCCGGUGACGAACGUGUCCAGCGGAGAUCAACUGUGAGAUUAGGUAUAAGAUUAAUCCAUAAGAUCUGCCUUGAUAGUACCAAAGCACCGGCCGCACUCGAAACGGCCACCGUCAACAACUCGUUCAGCGAAUCGGGUACGGCCGGGCCGAAAAGCCCACCGGCCCUGGCACCGCAAGCAUCGAUCGGAACGGGCGGCUCAGGCACGGACAGUAACGCUAACACUACCACCAUUCCACGGGCGCUUCGGUUGCGGCUGUCUCCGAAGUCGCUCAAGCUGUCCUCACUGCAUCGGCACAGCAGCAGCGUGGACAGCACGAACGGUGGCAUCAAGUCGUACGGCGAUCAUGCCAUCAUCGAGCUGACGGAGACGAACAAGGGCCCGCAAGUGUCCGUUGAUAAGCCGUUCCUGUGGGCGGAUGGACGCGUCAACCUGAAAGCUUCACUCAACAAAGCGGCCUACGUGCACGGCGAGAACGUUACCGUCACGCUCGACAUCAAGAACGACAGCCGAAAAAUUGUGCGGAAAAUUCGGCUGGUCGCCGUACAGCACGUGGACGUGUGCAUGUUCAGCAAUGGCAAGUUCAAAAACAUCGUCGCCGAGGUGGACGUCAGCAAACACAUCGGUCCGGGCGAUACGCUCCACGCGUCCUACUCGCUGCUUCCGGUUCGAGGCACCACCAAAAACUGGAUCGCUGUGGAAGGUGCCUUAUUUAGCAGCAACAGUGCCGACCCGAGCUCGUCGGCCUACAACUCCAAGCUGGCAACGAGCGCCCCACGCGGUAUGCUUUCCGCAUCCGCCACCUCGACCGAGGAGAAGAACGUGUUUGCCAUCUACGUGUCGUACUACGUCAAGGUGAAGCUAAUACUCAGCAGCAUGGGCGGCGAGGUAUCGCUCAAGCUCCCGUUUGUGCUCGGCAAUGUGGAGCUCAGCAAUCCGGACACCUCGAAACCACCGGACACGUUGAGCGGUCUCAAGAAGCUGCGCGAACUGCGCCGAAAGUCGUCCGCCAUUGCCACGAAUGGAGGUGUUGGGGGAAGCUUAGACUUUACGCCCUGCCGGUCUCCGCUGUCCAAGGAGCUAAGUUUGCAGGAUGUCGACGAACCAGCGGAAGAUGAGACGACGGCCCUCGGCAAUCGGGUGCGAAACCUCAAUCAGCACAAUCAAACCAUGGCCGGUCAGCGAAACACUUCGCCGACGGCCGGUGUGGCAGCCGUCGGUGGUGGUGAGGAACAAGCAACCAUCAACAGCCGCCGGGAGUUGUUCAGGAACUCCAAGUUCAAUGACAACCUGAGCAGUACAAUCGACGUCAUCACCGAGGACUUCCAAACGAUAACGGCCAACAUCUCUAACCUGAUCGCCAAGUCCGACUCGAGCAAGUCGAACUUGAACGAGGCGGGUGUAUCGUGCAAUCAGGAGAUUAGUGUCGAAGCCCAAAUACACUGUCCCCAGUCGGUCGGUGAUACGGCAACGGAGGACGGACCUGCGGCCAUUUCUCCGCAACGAUCUCCCCAGCGUUCUCCCCAACGGGUGACGCAUUGAUAGUGACGGGAAGGCUGGAUUCUACCAACAGUAUUCUCUACACGUACGUCGUAUGUGAAUGUCAGUGUAUGUCGUUGUGUCCGUGUGUAUCUUCACUACGCCGUCAGGUGUUCGGCGUCGGGUUCUAAUGCUGAAUAUUCCGUUUCCCGAACGUCUGAGACAUGGGGGAAGCAAACAAUAAUCCCCCUCCCGUCUUUUCUACCUUAGCCAUUGGAAGUGUAAGGACAACCCCACUAGUCUCCCGGUAGCCAGAGGCAUCAGUACUGAACGUAGAUCAUAGGCAGUGUAACUUAGUGUGUAGCUCAAUGUAGAGUAAAAAGACAGCCAAACCAACAAACAACAGACAGACUCGAUUCGUUUCGGUUGAAAGCUUUCGAGUCCGUCGUGCAGUAGAGUCUAAACGCAUUCAAUCUUGUAGCGAAGUAAGUAACAACUUGUCAGGGACUGUACCGCACUCCGGUUAGCAUAGCCGGAAUCGGUCGGUGUAGUAGCUUUAACUUCUACAAUCACACACAUCGACCGUGUAGUAGCGCCACCACCUGCACCACUCCCACACGUUACAUAUACCCAACCGUAGCAACAAAGAAAAGUUGUUUAGCAGGAAGAUCUUACUUCCUUUCGCGCAUCACACAUGUAUCCGUAGACUUCGAACGUCAAUCAAACCUGAACCGUAACAGUCAUCCCUCUCUGUGCCUACAAAUGUUUGAGGCCCAUGGCCCAACAACGUCCCAACAUCGGCUGCAAGGAAAACAAGUUAAAAGUAUUGCUCAUUCUGCUGCUUUCUUCCUCCAAAAUCAAAACAAACAACACACAACAAAACCAAGUCUUUUAGCCAAGUUUGAGUUCUAUGAACUUUUUAAACAACUUUUGGUGCGUCUCCAUCGCACAGAGAUCCCCGGUGGAACAGUGGAACAGCCACCUUACGGGGCUCAGGACUUGUGGAAAAAAUUGAGAUAAUAUAACAAAACAGAGGAAUUACUUGUUGCGCAGGUAAAAUGAAUGCUGCGGCAAUUAGAUAUUUACCGGAAGCCUUUAUUACAUAAGCCCACUGUCACUGAUACAUAUCGCAAAUUUAUAUAUACACGCACAUGGAUCCUCCACAUACAUGUACCAGAAUAUACAGAUCCAUCGCAGCGAGUUGAUGAACAUGCAGAGAGAAAUAUUUUACUUUCCCAAACAAGAUGCAUUGUUGCGGAAAAUUCUUCUCAACCCUCAAACUUACUUCACCUGAGUUUCCUUGCUCUUGAAGUUGAAAUGAUUAAUAUGUGUGGUUUUGAGAACUACAGAACAAAUAAGACGAAAAAACAGAAUUAUAACCAAGAACAAUGGCGAACUGACGUAACAAUGUGUUUUUUAAAGACAAUGCUAGUUAAUACAGCGCACAGAGUAAGGAUAUUAAUGGUAAAGAAAACAUGCUAAUUGUUGGACCAUGCUGGUCCGUAAAGUAAAAAAUCGGUAAGAAUAUGGCGGAGUGUAUCAUUUUCAAGUGUUGCUUUAUGUUCAUGCCAUUCCAGGUGUGUGCCAAUGGGAAACCAUAAAUCAUAGGCCACAACACCCAAGUUGGACAAGCGGGCAAAACUUCCACUGCGGGAGCAUAAUUCGUGCGUGUACAUCGUGCGAACACUUUCUAACCGUAUAUAGGACAUAAUGGAAAAUUUACUUACCCCUAAAACAAUGGCGGAUGCUGUGCGUCUGUCCCGGAAAGUAACGGAAACCUAGAAGAAAAUAACACCGGUGGUUCACCUUUCCGUUUCGUAUUGCGUAGACCGAUUAGAGUCGUGUGCUAGGGUAUACUUGUAUUAGGUUAUUGUGACCGGUACCUUGUAAGUGUAGUAAUAAUUAUGUAUAGAUAAUUACAGGGAAGGAAUUUGUAGUGAAAACGCAACUGCAGUGCAUUGUUGCCGGGUUUCAGCUUAACUUCCCUCUGCGAGUACUAAAACAACUACCACAACUACUACUAUUACCACUGCUGCUGCUGCUGCUGCUGCUGGAGCAGCUGCUGUAGGUGUGUCUACAGUGUCUAAACUAUAAAGAGAUAUUUAAAACUGAACGAGCAAAUAAAUUGAUGUUUUGUACGAAA